AUGCUGCCUCCGAGGCGGGUGGAGGCAGCGCUGCCGAGGCGAAUAAGGACAUUGUUCGCGUUCACUUUUUACUUCUUCCAGUUUAUAUCCCCGAGUCGGCCAGCUCCCAACGCCUUUGCUAGCCCAUCCCUCCAUAGCGCCAACAAGUGCAGCACAAUUAGGCCAGCGUCACAUUAUCCCUGCCCCACCGCAAGACCCCUCACGUUGGCCAACACCAAGUCCAGAUUUGUUGUGGACUUGGUGGACAGCAUUAGCUCCGAACCUUCGGGAAUUGUUAUCACUUCGCCAGGGCUGGCUGUUGCAACCUGGCCUCGUGCCUGUGAGGAGGGAUUAAAUUGGCCCACACAUUUGCUUCCUCUUGGGCUCGUCGAGGUUAAGUCAAGGCGUUCAGAAUUAGCCGCCUUAAUCGAGUCUUGCAAGAUGCUCCUCACUACGGCACAACAACGAGCCAAGCCGUUAUUUCGACAGGCAGAGUAG